UUUUCACGCGGAGAGAAAAGAGACUGGCGCUCGAGCGGGUGGAGACUGCUACACAUUUAAAUCCCCCGGGUCGGUUUUUCAGCGUUUAGCAACAAAUAACUUUUCCUUUUUCAUUUUCUUUCUAUUGUUGGAUUCUUUAGAGCUGGUUUAAUGUCGUAAAUAACAGGUCUGUAAGGGCGUCGUUGUUGGGAAGUUUUUUCGAGGGGGGGUUUUGACCAGCGAAGGGCCAUGGCAGUCGAGGCUCGGCCGGAGCUGGUAGGGAAGCGGUUCCUCUGUGUCAGCGGGGACGAGCCGCCUGAAAUUGGCGACAUCGGUCGGUGGCCAUGGAGGUCCGGGGUCAUACGAGCCGUUAACCACCGUGACAGCGACAAUCCCGACCUGACGGUAUAUGUGGAGUUUGAUGACCAGGAGUGGGAGAAAAGAGAGUGGGUGAAGGUCUAUGAGGAUUUCCAGCUGUUUCUACUGGAGCACCAGCUGGUCUGGGCCAAGAGGAAGGAGGGAGCAGGAGGAGCAGGUGGAGGAGCAGGAGGCCUGCUGCAAGGAACCAAGGCCAAACACAUACAGUGGCCUGCCCUGGCAUUUAAGCCAGUGGUGGGGAAGAGCCUGUUGUCACCAGUAACCGCAGUGGAAUUCCUGUUAGACCGACAGCUGGACUUCCUGUCUGACCAUUCAGCCUACCAACCAUAUCAGGAUGAGGUGGACAGUCAGAACCCAGUGUUAAGAGACAACCAUCAGCUCCUUGAAGAAGUGAAAGGCUGGCUCAAAGACCAGAAGGUGCAGGAAAUUUUUAUGCAAGGUCCCUAUUCAUUGAAUGGCUACCGUGUGCGUGUGUACAGACAAGACUCGGCCACCCAGUGGUUUACUGGCAUCAUUACACACCACGACCUCUUCAGUCGAAACAUGGUCGUUAUGAAUGACCAGGUGCUAGAGCCUCAAAACGUGGAUCCGUCUAUGGUCCAGAUGACCUUUCUUGAUGACGUGGUCCACUCCCUGCUGAAAGGAGAAAACAUUGGCAUCACUUCCAGACGAAGGUCACGAUCCAGCCAGAACAACAAUUCUGCCCACAUGGCAGGAGGGAGACCCGGCGGGACCACUGGCAACACUCAGAGUCACUACACGCGAGCUCAAGCUAACAGCCCCCGCCCCAUCAUGACCUCAUCAGGCCCACACCCAAAAGGUUCCCAGGGGACGCUGGCUUCCCAGCAGCAGAGCCUAUCACAGCCAAGCCAGCAGCCAGCUAGCCAAUUGCACAACUCGCCCGUUGGCAGUGGUCGGGAGCAGAGAGAGCAGCGCAGCUCUCGCUCUUCCAGAAGGAAAGGAUCGGAUAGCAGUGUUCCAGAGGAGGACAAGGACAGGAGAGAAGAGACCCCCAGAGACUCCAAGUCAAAGGCCAAGCAGGCAGUGAACAAACGUAGGAAGGGUGAGGAAGAUGAGAAGAAGGCUGGUCUGAAGAGGCUCAAAACUGACAUGGCUUCUGAUCUGUCAGAGAGUAGCGACUCAGAAAACCCACACAAGAGGACCGCCCACUUCUCGUGCUCCUCUUCCUCCUCAUCGUCUUCGUCGUCCUCCUCCUCUUCCUCUUCCUCCUCCUCAGAGCCCAACUCUGAGAAUGAGCUGAAGACUCGCAGCAGUGACGUCAAACCAAGUGGUGUUUCCAAAAAGGAAGAGGAUGAGAAGCCGCUGAUGCAGGGCGCCAAAAUGAAUGAUUCCUCGUCUCUCAUUGGUCGCCUGUCUCCGUGGGUGGAGCUUCAGGCAACAGAGGACAGCAAGAAGUGUGUGGUUAAGGAAACAGGCAAAAUGAUAACGAAGGAGGAGGAGGAAUUGGUUGCAGUAACACAGAUCACCCAGUCUCCACGGCAACAGACGCCUCUGAUGUCUGACACCGUCCAGGGCGCCAUUAUGGACAGCAGUAAAAACACUAUGAAAGUGUCAUCUCGAUCCCAGACGCCGUCGCUGUCCCUCCACGGUGGCAGUGUAAUCGACAUUACAGACGAUGCCCAGGCGACGGUGCACCAGGAGAGUUCGGAGGCAGUUUCAGCACUGCUUGCAUCGCAGAAGGCUGAGUCCACGUCACUCUCACCUUACCUCCCCCUCAACCCCUCCCCCGUCUCCUCGCCUCCCGUCCCUCCAUCUCCCUCUCCAUCAGAAGGGGGCCGCAGGAUGGAUAUUGAACCUCCGAUACAGCAGCAGCAGCAACAGCAGCAGGGCAUUAUGGGAGGUGGUAUUACAGCUGUCAGGAGCUUAGGCAAGAUAGAGUUUGCUCCUUCUGAGGUCAUCAGGCCUGUCACAUCGAUGGCUGAAAAUGUGGUGCUGGUGGAAAAGGAGAAAACAGUCCUUCCUCAUCAUCAUCUUCUUCAUCACCAUCAACAGCAGCAAUAUCAGCAGCACACACAGCAGCACACACAGCAGCAGCAACACUACACAUCCCUCCACCCCAGCAUUAAGAGCCCGUCUCUGUCUGAGGAGACGCGAAAACACCCCCAACAGCCCCCCCACAAGAUAAACACCCUCCUCCCCCCUGACUUAGCCAAAUCCAAAAUGAGCCCCAACCCAAACCCCAACCUAGGUCAGCUCGACUCCUUGAAACAGAAACUCCAACACCCUAAUAACUCUCAAUGCCAUCCCUACCCCAACACAAACCCAGCUGACCUACUCAAGGCUAAACCCCACCCGAGCCUGCUGGACAUCUCCAAACCUAAACCCAACACUUCCCCAGAGGUCUCUAAACAUAAAAUACCGAGAUACUGUGAUACCUCCCCACCUCCAGCAGGCCGUUUGUCUGCUAAAAUAGAAAUAGCAGAACCUUCACGGUCUGGUUUCAAGCCGGUGCGGUUGGAGUCAGGCAGCGCCAGCACGAGCAGCAGCAGCACAAAGAGCCCCCUGAUCAUCGAUAAGAAUGAGACCUUCACUGUUUACAGAGACCCAGCACUGGUCCGCUCAGACACAGAGAACUCUGCUUCAGCCACCGUCUCCUCCAACCACGUUGCAGCCUAUCUCCAUUCCCACCUGCACACCCUCCACUCCCCCUCCCCUCACUCCCCCUGCCUCAACCCCACAUCCCACCCUCACGCUGCCUCUCACCUCCUUGCCCCUCCUCACACCUCUGCCCUACCUCACCCGCACCUUUUACCCCACGGGGUGCUCCCGGCAAUGCCUCCUCCGGCAGCCUCUCUCCUCGGAGGCCACCCUCGGCUUGACUCCCCCAGCGGGUUGGGCCACCUCGGCCUGCAUCAUCCAGCAGACGUACACCAGCAGCAGUUCCUACAGGGUCAAGGUCCCCCUCCACCCCCUCUACUAGCCCAGGCUCACAGUGGGGCAGCAGGGCUUGGUCUGUACCCCAUCCUCUGGCAGUACCCCAAUGGAACACCAACCUCCUACCCCACAGGGCUCAACCUGCCCCCUACAGCUAAGUGGGUCCACCCUGAAAAUCCUGUCACCGUGAAUUCCGAGGCCUCUCUCAGGAGGAACACAGCCAGUCCAUGGCUGCACCAGGCUGCUGGUAGUGCUGGUGACAGUCUGGGUUUGCUGAGCCAUGUUCCUGUUCGACCAGCCAGCGCCGACGCCCACCGCCCUCCUGUCAAGAUCAACACACACACAAGCCCUCCACUUUCAAAGGCUAGUGUGGACAUUCAUAAAGAGACGUUGACGUUGGCCCAGCUGAAACAGGACCAGACAGACAGGAGUCGAACCCCCACAGGGAAAGAAGUCCCCCUACACCGCCUCUACCUAGACCCCCACAGCAAGGCUCGUCUGGCAAAUACACAGGAUGCAGUUCAGGCAGCAGACCGAGCCAGUAAAUACAAAGAGGAGAAUCGUCAAAUCCUCAAAGAGAGCAUCGAGGUCGCUCCCUUUACUGCUAAGAUCCAGCGCUCCAGUGACCCAGGGAUGGACAGGGACAGAGAGAGAAGUAGAGACCCAGCCUUCGCUGUCCGGAUACCGGCUCUCGCCUCCCCAAGCCCCAAGGCCGGCCACACCCAUCCCCAUGUCAUCCAGUCAGAAAAGAGCAAUUAUUUCACCACACUGUCCAACAGUGUAGUGAACGAGCCUCCAAGACUUUACCCUUCCAAGGAGCUCAGCUCUUAUUAUGAGAAAGUGUCUGCUGGAGGUCCAGGGGUUGUGGCCAGUGUCGGGGCGUCUGUGCCAAGCCAGGGGGCUCUGUCCCUGGGCAGCUACAGCUCCAAAGCCUCUCUCUCCAAGCCCCCUCCCCUCAUUAAGCACCAGCCAGAGGGGGGAGAGGGUUUAGCAGGGAAAAUCACAGAGCAGCUCAGCCAGCAGGUGACACUAGUCCAACAGCAACAUCAGCACCAUGCAGGUAUGGACAGGAUAGAACGCCGUAGCCCUGCCAUUUCUCCUUCAUCCUCUUCAUCUUCCUCUUUCUCCUCAGCCCCCAACCACCAUCAUCAUCACCACCACCACCACCACCAACAGCAGCAACAACACCAGCUCAGGGCAAUGCCAUCUCUCCACCGAGCGCCUGUCUUCCAUCCACCCACACAGCACGCAUUGGAGCGCAAAGAGGCUGCAGAGCGGGAGAAGGAAAGAGAAAGAGAGAGGGAGAGAGCAGGUUAUGGACGCCUGUCUCCACCCACGCUCACACCCAUCCAGCCAGUUAGCUUAGCAGCAGCUGGUAACAAGACAUUAGCAGAGCAGCAGAAGCCCCCCACACUGCUGCCAGAACUCAGGGACAUUAAAGGUCAUGGAAACACUGCCGCUGUCACCUCUGUGGUCUCGGCCAUCAGUGGGGAGAUUAUGACUUCAUCUGCAGACGGUUGGAGAGGUGGAGGAAUGAUUCAGGAAAGAGGAGGCUCAUUCUCUGGAGAGAAAGGAGCGCCAAGGGGCAAGCCCCAAUCCGCAAUGGCAUCAGUCAUUGUACGUCCAUCGACAUCUAUAAAGUAUGACAGUCCCGUUGGUGCUAACAAAUAUGGUGCUAUGAUCCAUAAGGAGUUUCCCCAAGGAGGGUUCUACCCCUCCAAGGUUCAGGGGGAAUGUAGACUAGGGGAGAGUGUUAGAGAACCUGGAGCUGGCAGGGUUAUCCAACCCAACUCCAACCUGGAUGAUAUGUGUGUCCAGUAUAAAAAGACUAUGCGUGGCAUGCAGGGAACUAUAGGAGCCGGUACCAUAAACUCUGUGUGCAGGACAGCCGUUUCAGCUUUUGGCAUACAGAUUAAAAGUGGGACAUCAAUCCCUGAGCUGGGCUACUCAGUCUCAGCACAAGGAGAGAUUUCAGCCCAUAAAACUGGCAUUGGGGGCAGGGUACUGAGCCACUUAGGACCAGGAGAACAUCAGGAGGGAUUAGGCUCAUGCACCACAUCUCCAGGUGGGUCUCUGCCUCCCCCUAGUCCAGCAGGGACACCCCAGCCCAGUCCAUGCCUCACCCCAACACCUAGCUCCAUGUCCGGCUCCAGCCAGCCUUACUCCUCUUCUUUUGUCCACCUUAAGAAGCACAAAGCUGCAUUGGCCGCAGCCCAGUCCAGAAGCAACUUCUCCACUGCUCGCACAUCCAUCACAGCUGGAAACUCCUCCCUUACUGUGGAUUCAGUUGACAAAACUCCCAUCCACAACUCGCCCCCACCACCCUCCUCCAGCCAAGCCUCAUCAUCCUCAGUUGACAGCGGUAACAGCAGCUCGGCAAGCGGGAGCACAACGCCAGGCAAGUCCAGUCCCCUGCCUAACGGCCAUACCUCUGGUUCAGCCUCUGCAAGCAGCGGGCAGCCUAAUAACUACCACAAGCUGAAGAAAGCCUGGUUAACCCGGCACUCAGAGGAGGACAGGAACACAACUGCUACUCUGAGCUCCACUAGUUCUAAACCAGAGAAAGUGCCCAGCACCACCACUAGCACCAGUAACACAGCAGCCAUGUCAGAAAUGAUCAAGCCCUGCACAGUCAAUCUCAGCGCCUCCACUUCCAGUGAGGUGGAGAUGAGCAAAGACAGUGGAAGCAAAGCUGAGAGAGAGAGGCACCCAGAGGAGAAGGUGGGAGGAGCAGCAGCAGGAGCAGGAGGAGGAGAGGAGAGGAAAACAGCACCUUCAUCAAGGCGAGGGAACAAACGAACAUAUGAGUCUGGUUCGGAGAGUGCGGGAGAUGACUCUGACGCCAGUGAGAGCAAAAUGGAGGGCCGAGCUAAGCGUCAGCCUAAACCAACCUACAAGAAAAAACAGAAUGAUAUGGCCAAGAAGAAAGGAGACAAUGAAAAGGAGGAAGAUGAUGUAAAACCCAAUGGCAUCUUCAGAUCAGCUCGAGAGAAGACUAAACUCAAGCUGGCCAGCAGCAAUGGGAUCCCCCGCUCCGUCCUGAAGGACUGGAGGAAGGUGAAGAAGCUGAAGCAGACGGGAGAAUCUUUCCUGCAGGAUGACUCGUGUUCAGAAAUAGGACCCAACCUGCAGAAGUGUCGGGAGUGCAGGGUGGUUCGCAGCAAGAAGGGCGAGGAGCCGGCACAUUCCCCCGUCUUCUGUCGCUUCUACUAUUUCAGACGGCUUUCCUACAGUAAAAAUGGAGUCAUCCGGGUGGAUGGUUUCUCCACUCCAGACCAGUUUGAUGAUGAAGCACUGGCCCUGUGGGUCCCUGGGGUGAUGGAGGAGAGCCACCUGGAUCAAACCACAGCCAAGUACAUCCUCAGCUUCAUAGGAGACAAGUUCUGUCAGAUGUCUGUGACUGAAAAUACUGCAGCUACCUGGGUCAAGAAGGAUGCCAAGCUUGCGUGGAAGAGAGCAGUGAGGGGGGUGAGGGAGAUGUGUGACGCCUGCGAGGCAACACUCUUCAAUAUCCACUGGGUCUGUCAGAAAUGUGGUUUUGUUGUCUGCUUGGACUGCUACAAGGCAAAGGAAAGAAGGAGCUCCAAAGAUAAAGAACUAUAUGGUUGGCUGAAGUGUGUGAAAGGCCAACCCCACGAUCACAAACACCUGAUGCCAACACAGAUCAUACCUGGCACAGUGCUGACAGACUUAGUGACUUCCAUGCACUCUCUGAGAGAAAAAUACAACAUCAGAUCGCACUGCCCCUGCACCAACAAACAGAACCUCCUUACCAAACUACCAGCCACCAACGGAGUCUCACAGGUUCUGCAGAAUGUCCUGAACCACAGUAACAAGCUGUCCCUGGUGAAAGCUGAGCUGGGCUCUCAGCAGAACUCUGACCAAGGAGGAACCAAGGCAAAAACUAACAGAGGAGGUGGCGGAGGAAGCAGCCCCGGCAGCGAUGCAGGAAGUGCUCCUGUCACCCCACCAGAGUCCCAGUCACCUCUACACUUCCUGGCUGACUUGGCAGAGCAAAAAUCCAGGGAGGAGAAAAAAGAAAACAAGGAGUCAUUGCUGCUGGGUAAAUCAGUGAAGGAAGACAAGGACGGGGACAGCCUGGAGGUCCUGCAGCAGUGUAAAACCACCUCACUGGUGGCUAACAGUACAGAGCAGGGCUCCACACUCAGAGAUCUGCUCACCACCACAGCAGGGAAGCUGAAGCUUGGCUCCACUGAUGCAGGAAUCGCCUUUGCACCAGUCUACUCUAAUGCUUCACAGACUGGAAAAGGUGGGCGGACAAUGCCUAAUAUCCUUGAUGACAUCAUAGCCUCAGUAGUUGAGAAUAAAAUCCCCGCCAGCCGCCAGAACAUCACCACCAAACUGUCAAUCAAACAAGAGCCUGUCACCCCAGGCAACAACAACAACAACAACAACCCUGCCCCUGUUGUGACAGAGGACACCAAACCAGACAGGAAGAAGUCAGGGCCUGUUACUGCAGAAGUACCAGAAGAAUCAACCAAUCAGUAUCCAGAUAUUUCCCACUGCUGGUUAAACAACAAACGCUUACUGUGGCUCAAAGAUCACCGCAACCAGAACAACUGGAAGCUGUUCAGAGAGUGCUGGAAACAAGGACAGCCUGUGUUAGUGUCAGGGAUUCAUAAGCGACUUAAUGCCAGUCUGUGGAAAGCCGAAUCCUUCAACCAGGAGUUUGCAGACCACCAGGGAGACCUCCUCAACUGUAAAGACCAGGUGGUGUCCAACUCCGGGAUCAAGGAGUUCUGGGAUGGAUUUGAGGACAUCACCAAGCGGCCCAAGUCCAAGGAUGGAGAGCCCAUGGUCUACAGACUGAAGGACUGGCCAUCUGGAGAGGAGUUCAUGGCCCUCAUGCCCUCAAGAUAUGAUGACUUGAUGAAGAACCUGCCCCUGCCUGAGUACUCAGAUCCAGAGGGUAACCUCAACCUGGCCUCCCACCUACCGUCUUUCUUUGUCAGGCCAGAUCUGGGGCCAAGACUAUGCUGUGCCUACGGUGUAGCUGCAUCUCAGGACCAGGACUUUGGGACUGCCAACCUCCAUGUGGAAGUCUCAGAUGUCGUCUCUAUUCUGGUCUAUGUAGGAGUGGCCAAAGGCAAUGGAGUGCUUUCCAAAACUGGAGUUUUAAAGCGUCUGGAGGAGGAGGAUCUAGAUGAGGGGGUUCGGAGGAGGCUCAAAGACUCCAGUGAGACACCGGGGGCGCUGUGGCACAUCUACCUCAAUAGAGACAUGGACAAGGUCCGAGAGUUCCUGCACAAGGUCAGCACUCUGAUAAACAUAGUGAACAACAUGCACUUCAGUACUAAUAUUGAUCCUGCUAACACCUCCCUCUUCCCCCACUCUCCACCUCAGCUCUGUAAGGAGCAGGGUAUGGACGUGUUGCUGGACCAGGACCCAGUCAGAGAGCAGGGCUUGUACCUGAGCAGGAAGCAGCGUCAGCGGCUGCUGGAUGAACAUGGAGUUCAGGGCUGGACUGUAGUUCAGUUCCUGGGAGACUCUGUACUUAUACCAGCAGGGGCCAUGCACCAGGUCCAGAAUCUCCACAGCUGUGUUCAGGUCAUCAAUGACUUUGUGUCUCCUGAGCAUGUGGCCAACUCCUUCCACCUGACCCAGGAGCUGCGGCCCACUAAAGAGGAAGUCAACUACGAGGAUAAACUACAGGUGAAGAACAUCCUGUACCACUGUGUGAAGGAGGCGGUGAGCGCUCUGAAGAGGGGCAGUUCCGAGGAAGACAACGAGGAAGACAAUUCAUGACACCCUGUCAGCCUUGUCCGCGCCCUCCAGAGAGGGACACAACUCCCAUCAGCACCUCCUCGCCCUCCCCACACCCAUCUCCUCCUCUCGUGGAGGACUGUGGGACGUGGGCACCUCGCUGUGUGAACUGUAUCACACAUCCAGGCAGCCAGUGAGAGGCGCCAUCAUCUCCUAAACCUUCAGUGCCAAGAGGAGACACACACAAGACCAGAGAGGCCACUGGACUGACAGGGAUUAACCUCAACCACCACACUCCCUUUAUGUUACAUGGACUUAGCGCACAGGGAGGACAGAGGAAUUCUGGGAAACACAGGGCAGCAUGUUGGUUGGGAGCCUUAUAAAAGCCACUAUGCUGGAGUGAAACAGCAAUACAAGCCUCCACUGAAACUAAACUGCUGUGUGACUAACGGUGCAUCCUGUUUAGAGACUGUGCUGUAAAAUAAAGUUCACAGGUUUAAUGGCAGUGACGAUGCCUGCUCUCACUGUAAUCUGCUGUGGAUUAUGAAGGCCAGGAGGUUUAAUCCCUGUCUGUAGCAGCAGCCCACACAACGUCUCGGACCGAAGAUUUUGCUGAUCACGACAGCAUCACCAGCAGCAAGCAGCAUCAGGAUCAAAACUGUCAUCUCUGCUGUUUAAAAAAGUCACGAAAAAAGAUUUGAGGGGAAAAAAUGCAAAACAUAAAUCUCAGAUGUUCUAGUCAGCAGACAGCGAGCUCUGCUGCUCCCUCGUUUGUUGUUUCUUCUGUAAUUUGUCUGUUCUUGUCCUUUUUUUCUAGUUCUAUCUGUCUGUUGCUGUUUUGUUCUUCAUAUUUUUUUUAACAAAAGUUGUUUUAUUUCCUCUGUGAAGAUGUAUUUAUUUUAUAGCUCUAUGAUAUGCGAUGUUAUUGAGACAAAAAAGCAUUAUGUAAAUGUGACUUGUACAGUUUCUUUUUUUCCCUUUUGUUAUGUGAUUUUCAGUUGUAAUACGGCUCUACUGUGAUGGAGGACACAAACAUGCGCGCGACACACACACACACACACACACACACACACCAGCUAAUGCCUGUAACUUUGGGAAAUGUUAAUGCUCUACAGUCCUCAUGCCAUAAAUACAUUUUUUGAAAAUGAACUGCCAAACUAUUGUAAAGACUGUGUAAAGUUGUAUUAUGUAAAGAAAGAACAAAAUGGCUUAUACACUUCAGCAUUUUAUGAAAAAAGUAUUUGCUGUAAAAUUGAGACAUUUACAAAAAAGAUGUAAUUUAUUUAAGAAAAGAAUGAAUUGUCUUGUUUUUUUGUUUUGUUAAGAUUUACUAUGGUGAACUUUUGAAGGUAAAAGAUGAAAUAAUGAAAAAGUUUACUAUAAUGUGUAAAUAUAUACAUAUAUACAUUCACUGAGGUAUUUUUUUAAAACAUGGCUUGCUUCAAUUUCAAAUUUUAAAGUGCAAGUGUUACAUGCUUUGUACAUUGAAGUUUAAAAGGGUUUUACAUUUUCCAUUAAAAUGGAUUUAUCAAAA